UCUUCCAAUCGCAGCGCUAUCCCUGUCAUUGCGAGCGACUCUCAGUGUGACUACGUCACAUAUUUUUGACAGUACAGCGACUACUACUUUCUCCUCUUUUCUACUCUCUCUCGAAAACUACUCAAAACAAAACUCUGGUCGUCGUUCAGGAUCCCUCUCAGCUUGAUCACCUGGGCUUUUCCGACAUCGACCUACUCCCCUCUUCAAAGAAAUUUUCUCAAGAAAUUUUCCAUCAAAAAAUGUCUUCGGAUGUACCUUCCCGAAACACCCGGUCCAGACGUCUAGGUAUGGGCGGUGCUGGUACCGACGGUGCCAAAGGUAAGUCUUCCGACAUUCAAUUCACUCAAAAUUCCACAGCCACCGAUUCUGCUAAGGAUUCGGCGGCGCAGGAUAAGCCUUCCAGUUAUGAUGAGGUGUGUAGUAGUCAUCCCCUCAGGGAUGCUGCUAUCCCUCACACAGUUUCCACUGCCAACGCUUCCAAAGCUGCGGUUGGGACUGUGGGAUCAAUUUCGGUUGCCCACAAGGGACAAACAACUGGGGUUGGUCCGGGGUUGGUUUCCCAGGGUGGAAACAACCCCACCGGUUCUGCUAAUGCAGAUGAGGUCAGUAGCGAAGAUGUAAAUCGCAGUAAUGUAGAUGAAAUUAAUGAAAAUUCCUCGGGACUUUCAUCUGCACCUGACUCUGAAGAUGACGGACAAGGUCCGUGGACUACAGUACAAUCUCGUAGGUCCAAGAGUCUUGACAAUUUGAAGACCCGGAAGGAUUUUGAUUUC